AUGAAACUCAACACACCAUUCAGAAUCCUGCCAUUUAUCUUGCUCACGCAAGCAGCCCGUCAUCCUCGCGAUGUCGCGUCUCUAUCUCCCUCAAUCGCCUUUCCCGCCAAAAACGCAAGCAACGGCCUUCAAGACUGUCCUUUAGGAAGCACCGCCUGGCCUCAAGAGCUCCCCUGCAACAUCCCCCUCAAUUUCGAGACGACUACUCUCCACCUCAUCAGCUGGUCCGGCCAAGUCUAUCCCACAACAGCCUCCCAAACCCGGCAACUCGCAAAAAUUCUCAACAACAAAUUCUAUUCCGUGGGACUUCUGCCCCCCAACGACUUCAUCAGCGGCUGCAGCAUUCAAUACGGCCCCAUAAGUGACGGGGGUCUCGUCAAUCUGACCACUGGCGCAAAUCACACGGUCCUAGAGCCCCCAUACAACUUGACAGCGCCGGAUGCGCCGGGGCCGAUAAAGACCAGCGCUGAGGAGCACGCAGAUGGGAGUGAUUUGAGGGCUGUUGAUGAGCAUGUGGCACUCAACACGGUAGAAAGCUUGGUUUUAAGAUGGGGUGCUAGGAGCGAGGCGGCCUUCGAGAUCUACAGGGCCAACGAGUGGGUUAGUGGAUUGAAUUUCAAGACUGGACUCAGUGGGGUUGCAGAUGCCGGAGGUUAG